AUGAAAAUCACAUCUGCGUUUGCUGUUGUCUCGACGACCAUUGCCAGUGUAAUUGCCGACGCUAGUCACACGUCUCGAAAUCUGAUUCUUGGAGGUGACAUCAUUCCGAUUGGCACGAAGCAAUACACAGCUAUUAUUCUUGAUGCCAAUGAUGAGCUUACCUGCACUGGUGUUCUAGUCUCAUCGUUGCAUGUUCUCACCACCGGAACGUGUGUGGGUAUUGACAAUAACGCAAAUAUUCCACCCGCUUUGAAAUUGGGUGUACACUAUCGUAACGAAAGUGGUGAACACCAUACCAUCGUUAAGGUCCAGUAUCAUCCAGGGUUUUCCACCGAUACCUAUUAUUACGACUUUGCACUUUUGACUCUCGACAAUCUAAGUGCUAUAACACCUAUCAAGCUUCCUAAAAGUGACGAUUCGGACAUCACCUAUGGCUUGGUGGCAAAGGCCGUGGGUUGGGGAGAGACCUCCUUCCCCAACGGAGACGUAUCCGACGAACUACGAGGAGUCAACACUUCUGUGUGGACAAACGAUAUGUGCGCUCGUAUUUUCGAAGGUCUUGACAAUUCGUACGUCUGUGCCGGCGGUUCUCCCGGCAAGGGAGGUUGCUUUCAUGAUUACGGCUCUCCACUUAUUAAAGAGAGUGGAUUGGGAGAAUCAGAAGACAUUCCGUUGUGGACUGGGUCCUCAAGGAAAUUAAUGUUUGAGGCAUUUUAUCUCAACUAUCUGUUUCAACGUGUUGAAUCUGAUGUCGAGACAUUUAGCAUGUGUUUGAAAUCUUAG